AUGUCUAUCUUAGAAAACAAUUUUAAACAUUGGGCCGCGCUCCUGAGGGCCCCACCGGCCGAGGUGCUGGACGACGUGCUGCGGGAGCAGUUCGGGCCGUUGCCCCAGUUGGCCGCCAUCUGCCGGCUCAAGCGGCUGCCGUCGGGCGGCUACUCGUCCACGGAGGACCUGCAGUUGGUGCUGGAGCGGCGGCGCGUGGCCAACGCCAAGGAGCGCGAGCGGAUAAAAAAAUCUCAACCGUGGUUUUGCCAAACUGAAGACGCUGGUGCCAUUUCUUCCCCAAAGCAGGAAGCCUAGCAAAGUUGAUAUC